AUGACAAACCUUACCAUCAACACCAAAUAUCGCAUGCCGUCUGGCCACGAGAUACCUGCGCUCGGCUAUGGCGUUUAUCAGACGCCUGCAGAUAUCACAUCUGAAGUCGUUCAGCAUGCGCUGAAGGUUGGAUACCGACACGUCGACUCCGCUGUGGCGUAUCGCAACGAAGCAAACUGCGCUGAGGGUAUGAAGAAGUCUGGCAUCCCAAGAGAAGAACUUUUCUUCACUACAAAGAUCCCGCCAAAGAACCUGUGCUAUGAGACAGCAAAAGAGCACAUUGAGAAUACACUCAAAAUCACAGGCUUCGACUAUGUUGAUCUAUAUCUCCUGCACAGUCCAUAUGGCGGCAAGGAAGGGCGCCUUGGUGCGUGGAAAGCGCUUGUCGAGGGGGUCCAAGCCGGCAAGAUUCGGUCGAUUGGUGUGUCGAAUUAUGGCGUGCAUCAUCUCGACGAGCUGGAAGCAUGGAUCAAGGAAACAGAAAAGAAAGAGGGACCUGGUUCCGGCGGCAUUUUGGAUAUAAACCAGAUAGAGCUCCAUCCAUGGCUUGCGAGACCGGACAUUACAGAGUGGUGUAAGAAGAGAGGUGUGCUCUGCGAGGCAUAUUGUCCCAUUGUGAGGGCGACAAAGAACGAUGAUCCGCUGCUGUUGCCGCUGGCCAAGAAGUAUAAUAAGACACCGUCGCAGAUCUUGAUCAGGUGGAGUUUACAGAUGGGUUUCGUGCCGCUCCCGAAGUCUGUCACAAAGUCACGAAUUGAAGAGAACGCGCAGGUCUACGAUUUCGAGCUUACGAAAGGUGAGAUGGAGAGCUUAGACACUGGGGUAUAUGAAAGUUGUUCCUGGGAUCCUACGACUAGUCAUGAUUAA